AUGGUACGCCAACUCGGCGAACAAGACCCUGACAACGGAGAGUAUCAGAAUGACAGGAAUCGGUAUAACAGUACAAGGCUUGCGUUUAUAGAUGAUACUGGCAGAUUUUUUUCAAGUGAUUUUGCCAACCAGCAACCACUUGUUGCCUCUGAUGAAGGUGUUGGGAUCAAAAGAAGGCUUACUCUGGACCCCGAUGGUAAUCUCCGACAAUACAGCUUGAAUGAUUCAGAUGGCAGAUGGUCGGUUUCCUGGAUUGCAGUGUCUCAGCCUUGCAAUAUUCAUGGCUUGUGUGGUCCAAAUGGGAUCUGCCACUACUUUCCUACACCUACAUGCUCUUGCCCACCAGGUUACGUGAUGAGCCAACCUGGUAAUUGGAGCCAAGGCUGUAGACCUGUAGUAGACAUUGUCUGUACUGCUAAGAAAGCGCAACCUGUCAAGUUCUUGCGACUUCCAGGCACCGACUUUUGGGGAUCCGAUCAGCAGCAUGUUGAGCAUGUAUCCUUGCAGGCUUGCAAGAACAUAUGUAGGAAGGACUGCACCUGCAAAGGCUUUCAGUACCAGCAAGGAACAGGGACAUGCUAUCCAAAGGCUUUCCUUUAUAAUGGGAAGGCAUACACGGCACCUACACUAUCGACGCCCAUGAUGUAUCUCAAGCUACCAGUGGGUGUGAAUAUUUCAGGUAUUUCAGUUCCCCAAACCAAUGUGCUUAUUUCACCAAGAAAGCAACAUCCUGACUGUGGCCAGAUGAGCGCAUCAACGAUGGAACUAUUUCCGGAGAUUCACAAGUCCAGCCAGGGGGAAACAAAAUGGUUUUACUUCUAUGGGUUUGCAGGAGCGUCCGAAAUACAAGCAGUUGAGGAAGGCUACAAGGCCUUGACCAGUAAUUUCAGAAGAUACAGUUAUAAAGAGUUGGUUAAAGCAACAAGAAAGUUCAAAGAUGAGCUUGGAAAAGGAGGCUCAGGGAUUGUCUACAAGGGAGUCAUGGAUGACAAUCGAGCAGUUGCUGUUAAGAUGCUGGAAAACGUAAGGCAAUGCGAGGAGGAGUUUCAAGCAGAACUGCACAUAAUUGGGAGGAUUAAUCAUAUGAAUCUAGUAAGGAUAUGGGGGGUUUGCUCUGAAAUCUCACACAGGAUGUUGGUCACCGAGUAUAUUGAGAAUGGAUCAUUAGCUAAUGUCCUAUUCAAAGACCACAUUCUGCUAGAGUGGAGGCAGAGGUUUAAUAUUGCGUUAGGCGUGGCAAAGGGUUUGGCUUAUCUUCACCAUGAAUGUCUUGAGUGGGUAAUACACUGUGAUGUGAAGCCAGAGAACAUACUCUUGGAUCGGAAUCUAGAACCUAAGAUUGCUGACUUUGGGUUGGCGAAGCUGCUGAACAGAGGUUCCUCUAACCAGAAUGUGUCAAGAGUUCGAGGAACCAUAGGUUACAUAGCUCCAGAGUGGAUCAGCAGCCUCCAGAUCACGGCCAAGGUUGACGUGUAUAGCUAUGGGGUUGUGCUUCUUGAGCUAGUCUUGGGAAGACGAGUUCUCGACAUGGCUCUAGGUGCUAAUGAGGAGGUGCAUAAGGUGCUUAGGAAGUAUGUAGCCAUGCUAGCUCUUACGUUGGAUAAAGAGGAACCCUCUUCAAUUGCCGAGGUUGUGGAUUGCAGGCUGAGUGGCCAAUUCAACUACAUGCAGGUAAGAACACUAAUCAAAUUGGCUGUCUCAUGCGUGGAUGAAGACAGAAGCAAAAGGCCAACGAUGGAAUCUAUAGUGCAAAUGCUCCUUUUAGCUGAUGAAUCGUGUAGCAUGUGCUAG